UGGAUGCACUCUACAACAUAUAUGACAUUGGUCUUUUCUCUCAGUAUUUUAAUGGCUUCAAAUUAAGUGUAUGUAAUUUCAUCCUCCCAGCCCUAUUACAUAAUGCAAACAGUUAGAGUUCUGUCAAUUUGAUUAAUGGUGUGUUUGGAACUGCGUUUAUAGUGUCAUUCUCGUUGAUGUGGUUUUAAAGAAGCUACAAGUUGUAUCUUCUGGUAGACGCGAGGUGGUGUAUAAGAUAUAUUCCACCCUCAAUUAUCACACGCUCUAAAACGGUAUUAACCGUUCAUUUGAGACAAACUGCAUGGCUUAAGAGCUGUUUUAAAAUCCAAAUUGGCCCCUAAGAGCUGUUUUAAAAUUAGUGUGGAAGAUCGUUUGUUUAGGAUCAACAAGCAUUGCUUGUGGAGAUCUCAUUAGAAACUGAUACGGAUCCUCUGUAGUGGUUAAAUGGUCCUGUUCAAUCACAACCAUUCAUUUUAGGGUUUAACGAUAAAUUGAUGCUUAGUAAUUAGUGAUCGUGUUUGGGUAAGAACUAGAAUCAGAUUGGUAAUCAAUUAGUCGCCGGAAUAGUAGUUUUUUAAACAGUAAAAAUAUUUAUGUAAGAACUUAAUAAUUAACUAAUAGAUUUCUAUUACUAGAGGUUGUGUAUCUUCAGGCUUAAGAUUUGUUCUCAUGCUUGUUGCCUUAUAACUUCUUUAAUCAGGACUUUUCACCAGUGAGUCUCUUUUAAUAUUGUAUGUGUUCGUAGAAUGAAUCGGUUUGAUAGAUAAGAGAAAUUUUGUGGAAUAAAUGCAACCAGAGGAUUGUGAAUCGGUUAGUUUCAUGACAUGGGUCCGUCUCAUACGGCAAGUCAAGUGCAAUAUUGAAGAGUUGAUGCUAGAGCAGGGUCGUUGGAUUUACGGUGCUAGUGUGUUUAGUGGCUAGAUAAGUCUAAGUCACCUCAAAUGCCGUCCCAACACAAAAAAUUGCAUAUGGAUCCUCUCCAGUCUAAAGCAGCUAUGCAUUCUGCUCUAAAUCUAGUGGUUGAAAAAAAUAAACAAAAGCUGAUAAUUGAAAUAGAGAGAAACAUAGCAUACAUCCAAAGGCCAUUAUUAGUGCUGAACCAAGGCUGCAGAGAAAGAGCAGCAGAGGAUCUAGAUCCCAAAAAAUUCAAGCAGACUUAAAACCAAGGCUGUCCUAGCACAUAAGUUUUGAAUAUAACACUGUCACUAAAUUAAUACUUAAAUCAAGAUUGUUCGAUGCUAAUCCGACAGUUACUACUACAUGACUAUGUGAUUGCGUGCUUUAUAUGACUAUAAUGUUGUGAUGCAAUAUUAUUUGACAAUUUAAAUGUAAACAAAUAUAGAAGAUAAAGGUAAUAAAAUUCAAUCACCAAAUGCACAGUGUGAAGCUUAAAUAUAGGAAUUAGGAAUUAGAACUUAGCCUUUGAUUGGAUUGAUGGAAUCGGAUGGAGCGGAGCGGAAUGAUAUGAAAUAAAAAGAUAUUUUAUUAUUUGGAUAAUUUAAAAACGGAUGUAGUGGUAUGGAUUCCAUUACAUUCUAUCAGUUACCACCAUUUUUCUUCCUCUCCGAUUUGGGUGGAAUGAACAACUUAACUUAUUCUGUCCUAAAAUUUCAAACAUUGGAAUGGUAUCUUCGUUCCACUCCAUUCCGCUCCGCUCCAGUCUAUUCCGUUGAUUUUAUGAUAUCUAAACAUGAGAAUUUUUAAUAUAAAAAAAAACUUAAGAUAUAUAUGGAAGAAUAAUGUCAAAGGCGUAUUUUUCACCUUAAAAUUUGACAAAGUGGACAUGAAUAGAAACGACAAAACACAAAAUCCCUCAUUCAUGAAAUUCAAAUUUUACACUUUAUUUAUUUUGGUUUAGAAAUUAGUUACAAACAGUAAAAAGGUAAUUUGUCUUUUCUGCACGCAUUUCCCAUUGUUUUCUUUCUUCAUGUACAAGAUUGCUUUUGUGAAUUUGCACAAACCAUGUCACUAUUUUUCACACUCUCACUCUCUAUCGUUACUUUUUGAGGAUUUGUGUCAAACCCAUGAUGGAUGAACAACCAUGCGAAGAUUCUAUCAUGGAGAUGAAAGAAGAUUUCAUGCUAUCACCCACUGGUGAUAGUAAACCAACUUUCAGAAAAGCCCAUUUUCUCAAACCUAUUUCAAACUCCAUUGAUGAACCACCUCUUAAGUUUAACCCAUUUUCAUCACCAUCUUCUGUUUCUGCAGCAGUGGAAUAUCCUUUGACAAUCCAUUUUGAUGGGUGGCGUCAUCCACAAAUGAAAUGGUUUAGAUGGGUUGAUCAACUUAAGCUCAAAUACGAAUCACUUUGGAAAAAAGUUGGCAUCUUUGAGGCAAUAAUGGGCACUUGCGCCAGGUGCCGCAUAAAGAAAAAUCAAGACUUGCUUUAUGGGGUUGUUGAGAAAUGGUGCUGUGAGACAAAUACCUUUGUGUUUCCCUUUGGUGAAGCAACCAUCACUUUGGAGGACAUCAUGGUUUUAGGGGGUUACCCUAUUCUUGGUGAUCCUGUUUUCACCUUACUUGAAGACCAACAAAUGAAAGAGGUUGAAGAGAAGCUCAUCAUUGCAAGUCAGCAACUUAAACAACAAGCAGGUAAGCCUAGAGCAUCAUUAUGGAUGGAUAUUUUCAUUGAUAAAGGUAGUGAAAUUGAGCAUGAAGCUUUCCUUGCUACUUGGUUGUCUGUUUUUGUUUUUCCUCACAAAACUUUAGUGAAAAGUUGUUUAUUUCCUAUUGCUGUUCAACUUGCUAGAGGAAAUCCAAUUGCUUUGGCUCCUGCUGUUUUGGCUAGCAUAUAUAAAGAUUUAAGUUUGUUUAAGAAAACAAUUGUUGGUUUGAAAAAAUAUCGUGUUGGUGGUGAAAGGCUUCCUUUGGAGGUUACUCUCGAAUCACCCUUUUACUUGGUUCAAAAUUGGGUUUGGGAGAGAUUCAAAAAUUUACAACCACAAUCACAAACCAUGAUGAUCAACCAUGGAGAGCCUGUAUUGUUUAGGUGGCGUAAGAUUAAGGCUCCGAAAAUAGACAAUGUUAGGUUGGCAAUAGACUUGGCUAUCGAUGAUUUUCUUUGGCGUCCGUAUGUUAAAUAUGCUGAUAAGUGUGGAUUGUUUUAUCCAAAUGAUGAAACUUUGGUACCAUUUCAGAAAGUUUUGGUGGAUAGACAAAUGCUCUCAUUUGUUAUAUGCAUGAGAGUUUCUGAGCUGGUGGGAUUUGACUCUAUAGAGCAUUAUCUUCCACAUAGAGUUGCUAUGCAAUUUGGAAUGGAUCAAGAUGUUCCAAGUUAUGUGCCUAGAUUCAACGAGACUAAAGAGAUUGCUUGGAAAAACUACUACAGGCCCAUAUCUGAUAAAAAUUUGAAUUUCCCUUCAAGAUUUUUUGAGGCAGAUGUAACAGCCCGUUAUGCAAAGUGGUGGAAGCAGUCCGUAUUGGGGAACGACGAUUUUAUUAAGAAAAUUGUGCAGCGGAAGAGAAGUGCAAGUUCAAGAAAACAUAGAACUCAUGUCGGAAAAUCCAACAUAAGAGGUAAUGAUAUUGAUGUUCCACCUGGUUUUCCUCCCAAUCUUGUUGACACAAUUACUUUCGGAAAGUUUUUUAUUGAUGGUUCAAAAACUAAAACUAGGAAGUCUGAUGAUUUGUAUGCUGAUGUUCCAUAUGAAAGUUCGGUUCAUAAUCGUUUGAAAGCUGAUAAGAACAUUGAUGCUGAUGUUUCUUAUGAGACAAAAGGUGAAAGCAAAAGCAAAAGGUUUUCUGUCAGAAAAAAAAUCGCUUCUUCUCAUCAUAUGGCUGCUCAUGCAGAAGCUAAAGAAACCGUCUGUGAAAAAGCAAGAGAUGAUGAAGCUAUGGUUUUGUUAAAAGAGCAAAACUUGAAGAAUCAAGAGGAACUCGCGCGUCUGGCAAUGCAACAGGAAGAGAUGUUACGGUUAAUGGCUUUGAGGGAGAAGAGAGAUGAAGAGUUGAGGCAACUACUCACUAGUUUUCUAAGGAAUCAACAACCAGCACCACAGUUAUCUUCUUAAAACUCUAUUUUGUUUUAAGCUCUCUUUAUCAAACUUAUGACAGUGAUUUUAUUUUCAUACACUCCAUUUAGUUGAUAACAAUACUGGUUUAGAUGAGUUAUUAGAUAUGUUCUUUUAAUCUGCUAUGAGUGUGCUUGUGUUACUUAUCUUUAGUAAUAUGAUUUGAUCAACAUAGAUAUUUUAUAAUCUGUUAUGUUAACAGCACCAACAGUGUUCUGAAUGUUAUUUGUUGAAGAUGCUACUGAUUACAUAGCAGUUAGGUUUAUGAUUGGUUUUUCAUUGGCAACAUUUGUUUCUUGUCAACAUUGGAUGAGUACUAUGUUGUCAUAAGGAGCUGUUAGGAACCCAAAACACUCCAACUAAUGUUACGUUGUUUCCUAUCCCAAACGAUAACAACUUAUUAAAACAGAACCCUAACCUAUACAUCAUAUAGGCCAUAGCUAAUUCAGGCUCAUCACGAAGUAUCUGAAGCAUUUUUCUUACACCAGCUUCACCAUCAGUAGCCAAUGAGAACACCACUGGUCUUCCAAUCUGAUAUAGUACAGAGAUAAGAAAUCUAAAUGAUGGAAAAUGCUUCAGUAAGGAAAAAAGGCCAUAGUAUAAUUUUAUAUCUCUAGCUGAAGUUUAACUUUGCUAUCAUGGUAGUAAUAGUAAAAGAAUCAUAUACUUACAAAUUUGGUAAACCAGAUAACAUCUUUCCCUCUACGAACUCCGCCAUAUUGGAAACAAUGAUUCCAGCAACUCCAUCUUGUAUAGCUAACUAACUUUGCUACAUUAUUAGCAUAGAAAAUUAUGGAUAAGGAAUCAUAACAUCAGAAUAUAUUUGUUACUAUGUAAUAAGCCUACUGUGUUCAGCCGUAAGUACACCCUUCACUAAAAUUGGCAAUGGGGUUUGAAGCCAUUUCACAUCCGGCAAUAAGGUUUAUCAUACGAUUAAUUACUUCCAUAUGCAAUAUUGUCAUAGGUAAGGAGGUUUAAUCUGUAUGUGAACGAUACAAGUUACCUUCCACCUGAGUGAUAGGUCAAUUUGACUAGCAAUAUAAGAUGCUAGACCGGAAUCAUUAGUCUGCAAAUGGAAAAUUAAAUGUACUUAACUAUUCUUCUUAAGAGAACAACGAUGUAGUUUUUAAAAUAAAUUAAUUUUACAAUAUUUAAAUUUAAUGGAUUGGUUUUACAUAGUUUCGACUUGACCCAAUAACUUCUUUGGUGAUAAAGUUUUCAAAACCAUAAAACAAUAAUUUUAAGACGAUAAAAAAAAAGAUUGAGCGUUCUAUAAGUGAGAGAAUCUACACACGUAUCACCUUAAGAUCUCUCACAAAUGUGUGUAUAAAAUCCUUCCUCGUUGUGAUCCCCUGGGUAGCCUCCAAUAGAUUCAAAUUGUCAUAAAAAAAUUAUUGGAGUUGUUGUUUUCGACAAACCCAUUUAAAUUUGAAGGAAAUCACUUACGUUGACAACAUUCUGAACAAGAACAUUCUUAUUGCUCCUUCUUUAUCAAUCAAACAAACCAACAAAGUGACAAACAGUAAGAAAUAUGUGAAUUCAUAUAAAACACUUAGACCAAAAAUAAAUGACCUUAAAAAGAAAAAUUUAUUUCUACAAAUUCUGAAUGGACUCACAUUCAGUUCCGCUAACAAUUUUCUAUUGAGUUGCUUAGAUUUUUAAUAACUUUUUUUUCUUGUUACAAAUACCACGACAUUCUAUUAAGAGGGGUGCUAUGCUUAAACCCCAAUAUUACACACACCUGAAAAAAUACCAACAUAGAGAUGUAUUCAUUUAUAUUAAAAUCAGUGAAAAAAUAAUUAUUUAAUAUAUAAGAAAACC